AUGUUCCCCGAUCCGAUCUCGUCGGGUACCCCGCCAGUGGAGUCACCUGUGUCAAUAGAUGCCCACCGCCAACGUGAGAUCAAGUGGAUGGCUCUUCUGCCUAUUGUACCACCCUCUCAAGCACGCAAGAACAAGAAGGUCAAGCGUCUUUUGUUGGAGGGAGUGCCUUCGUCGGUACGAUACUUGGUGUGGUGUCAUCUCACGGAUAGUAAAGCCCGCGCGAUUCCCGGCGUAUAUGCGCAGCUGGGUAAGAGGCAGAGAGUACCUGCUUUUUCAGAUAUCGAGAGGGAUGCAAAAACGUACUUUCCCGAUCAGACGCAACUGCAUCCCCUCGAUGGCCCUUUAGUAUCACUCCUGCAGGCGUAUCUCAAUAUGGUGCCAGAUAUCCAAUAUAGUUCAGGACUGACUUCCAUCGCCGGUCAUCUGCUGUUGCUAUCACCCGAAGAAGACGCUUUUUGGAUAUUCGCUUCGAUGAUGGACGCCCACCUUCGACCGUACUUUUCAGCCAAUACCACCCAGUUGGAGGUUGAUGCUUCAUUGCUUAGCAAAGCCAUCGAAGUGAAUGAUCCUGGUGUGUGCAAAAAGCUCUAUGUCACGUUUGGCAUCCAGCCUGGCGACCUAGCAAGGCCUUGGUUCUCUACUCUAUUUGUCGGAACGUUACCUGUUGAAUAUCUUCACCGUGUCUGGGACGUUUUCUUGUGUGAAGGCGUCACUCUUUUGUUUCGUGUUGGGCUCGCGCUCGUUCAAUGCGUGCGGCAUCUGCUUUUGCAAGCGACAUCCGAAGAAGCUGCUAUGGAAUACCUUGUUCAUCCGCCUCUGGCGUGCCUACCCUCGACAGCAGACGCAUUCCUUAAUCAAGCCCUAACGAUGAAGCUGAAAGAUGACGAUGUUCGAAAGCAACGUGUCAAAAUGGAAGCACAGCUCAAGCGUCAAACUCAGUCCCGUACACUAUCGACCAAUGGUCCCUCAGGCAUGCAGACUGCGUCCAUAUCUCUCCCGAAAGCCUCGUAA